AUGGAAAGGAUAAUUUCACUUUGCUUUUCAACACCGAUGGUGUUCCAUUAUUCAAAUUAUCCGGUGUUUCAAUAUGGCCAAUCUAUCUUGUUAUCAACGAAUUACCACCAGUUUUAAGAUUCUCCAGGAGAAACAUGAUAAUAUGGGGUAUUUGGCAGUCCAAAGGUAAACCGGUCUUCAGGACAUUUCUGCAGCCCUUUAUUGAACACAUGAUAGACCUAAAAGACAAUGGGGUAUCCAUAUCUGUAGAUGGUAAGACAGUUCUUACCAGAGGUCUUCUAUUGGCAAGUACAAUGGAUUUGCAAGCAAAAGCGUACUUGACUGAAAUGACCCAACACAAUGGAAAAAACAGCUGUAUUACAUGUGAAGAUCCUGGUGAAGUGGUGAAGCAAGGACGUGGUCAUACCAGAGUUUAUCCACACCGUAAUGAUACUGAUUUGUAUAAAGUCAGAAAUUCAGCAGAAAUCCUAGCUUGUGGACUAGCUGCGCUUCAGACAAAUAAGCCUGAGAUGGGAGUUAAAGGGGUAUCGUCAUUGCAUGGGCUAGAAUGGUUCGAUAUGGUCUGGGGACUGGUUCCAGACUACAUGUAUGGAGUUUUACUUGGUGUAACCAAAAUGUUGAUGAAACUUUGGUUUUCAUCAUCACAUGCUGGUAAACCUUACUUCAUUGGAAGGGCCAUAAAACAAAUUGACAAAAAACUUAAGAAGAUGAAGCCUACUGACGACAUUACAAGACUUCCAAGGAAAAUUGAAAAUAAUAUGCAUCAUUUGAAAGCAUCCGAACUCCAGAUGUGGUUACUUUUUUAUUCUGUACCGUGUUUGAUUGAUAUCAUGGUGUCUGAAUACUUCAAUCAUCAUUGCCUCCUUGUGGAGGGAAUAUAUAUAUUAUUAAGUGACAAGAUCACUGCAGUGCAGUUAAAUCAUGCAGAACAUAUUUUGAACUUAUAUUAUGCACAGUUUGGCAACUUAUAUGGAGUAAAUAAUUGUACAAUAAAUCUGCACAAUACUUGCCGACAUCUUACAUCGUAUGUCAGAAAAUUGGGACCACUCUGGGCAUGGUCAUGCUUCGCAUUUGAAGAUAUGAAUGGUACAAUUUUGGAAUCUGCACAUGGUACAGGAGAUGUUUGUUCCCAAAUUUUGUGGUCUAUGCAGGCAAGAAAACGACUCACUGUUGAUUGUUCUAAAAUGGCCAACUCAGAAUUAAGAAAUUUUGUCGUAGAAGCAAUGAACACAAGAAGAGCAUUAAAAAUAAAACAUGUUGCAGAAAAUUGUAAAAUUGCAGGGGGAAUGAAGACAGAAAUUCUUGAAGCAGAUAUUUUAAGACAACUCAGACAAGUAUUGAAUUUACCACAGCCAGAUGAUGAUAGUAGUUUAGGAACAAUUUCAAAAGUUGGACGCAUAGUAAAAAAUGACCAAGUUAUAUUCUCCAAAAUCUAUAGUAGAAUGACCAAGAGAAUUGGCCAUGUAGUGUUGAUAAAUAAUAUUAAUACAUGCACUUCUGACAAUUCUUCCCAGAUAGCAUCUAUUCAAUAUUUUGUAUUGCACCGUAAGAGUAACAAAUGUGCGGCAAUUGUGAAAUACAUUACACUAAAGGAAGAAAUGGCAUUGGUUCAUAGGUCUAUUAGUCAUUUAAUUACUGUGAACCCUGAAGAUCUGAAUGCCAAAAACUGUGUUAUAUUAGUUGAAAAUAUCCAUGAAAAACUGCUUUAUCUUGAUGGAAACACAAAAUAUCCUUGCAUUGCCAGACUACCAAAUUUAUAUGGACAAAGUUCCUGAAUGGAUUGAAUGAUAAUGUACUUAAAAUUCAUAAUUUUCACUGAACAAUUUGCUAGAAAAUUAAUUUUCACAAAUCAAGUUUAAUUAUUUAACAUUUCUAAAAUUACUGUGUAUAAAGAUAAUGUUCAUGCACAU